AUGACGAUGGCCCAAGACCAGCCAAGCCGGCGCACAUAUCGAGGCAACUGCCACUGCGGCAACUUCGUCUAUGAAGUCGACCUCCCCAAACUAAAAAGCGUCGUGGAAUGCGAUUGCAGCUUCUGCAGCCGCACGGGAAACCUAUACGUUUUGACAGACGAAGAGAGCAACUUUAGGAUCGUCAAGGGAACCGAGGAGAGACUCAAAUCGUACACAUUCGGGUCGGGGAAUAAGAUUCACAAGUUUUGUCCCAAAUGCGCGACGAGUUUGCUUUCAAGGAUGCCUAAUGGCCCUCCACGCUUGAAAUUGUUGCUGAAUACACGAGCCUUGCAGAAUGUCGACGUGGAUCCGUUGGGACGAAGAAACAUCUUCAACUCCAAGAUUGGAGCAGAGUAUUUGCCUCCGGCGCACAAAGGAGAGAUCCCGCCAAAUGUCGAAGGCGGCCAGUUGUACACUGGAAGCUGUCACUGCGGUGCAGUUACCGUGGCUCUCUCAUGCAAGCCAUUAGAUGAAUCCAACGAAGGGGUGGUAAUUAACGCAUAUAUCUGGCUCUUCCCUAGGCCCGAAAACGUAGUCCUCUCAGGGUCCGAGGAUGCCAUUGGUCGUUACACGUUUGCAAAUGGGCUGACGAGCAAAACCUUCUGCCGCACUUGUGGUAUCAACAUGACAAACCUCCGAAACCAACUCUCUCUCGACGAGGUACGAGCGCUGAGUAAGCAUUCUCGUCAAGUCUAUGGGAGAAACAAGGAGUCUCAUCCGGUGAAUGUGCGUGUCCUGCAUGGGGUGGACGUGGGAAAGUUGAAAAAGGUGACGUUUGCGGGUGCGACAGUGAUGCCAUCGACGUAUACAAAUCCUUGA